AUGAAGACCGCCUUCGUAUCCGCUGCCGCACUCGUCGCCGCCGCUGUCUACUCGAGUGCUGCCGAUUGUGACCUGACCAAGAUCAAGGGUUUGCUAUACCCUAAUGCAACCCAAGGGCUCGCCAACUGCGAGAGCGCCACAGGCAUUAACAUCUUUGGGGUGGUCGAAUUUCCUACAUUGGACCAGGUCAAGAAGCUUUCACAGAACGUCGACUGCGCCGACUACCUCAACCAGAUCAACCAGGUGGCCAACGCCGAGAUUCAGUGCAACGUCACCGUUGCGGGCGUCACAAUCAAGUUUGGAACGCUUAUCGCUGACUUUCUUACAGGAAAGACCGGCAACGAAACCGACGUAGGUACCGACGUAGGUACCGACUCCGGUAGCUACGAGAGCAUGAGUAUGAGUGGCAGCGAUUCUGGAUCCACGGAUCUCGACAUUGAGGAACUCACUCCCAAAAGACCAGCUCCCACGGACGCGCCUACCCGGGAGCCUUCCACCUCACGUGUCUCCGCUUCCAGUGCCCAUGCUCUUUCAUUUGUUGCCUUCUGUGUCACUGUCACGCUUGCACUGACAUUGCAGUAA